AUGACAACUACCACAGAUACAGCUUCUUCAUCUCAUCCACCGGUUCGAAAUCAUACCCCAACGAGCAAAGAUCCAUUACAUUUGACAAAGUUUCGGUCAGCGGCGACAUUGAAUGAUGGUAAUGUCUCCGAAAAAGCAAAUAUUACUAAUCCACCAUUGAUUUUUGCUCCAGUUGUUAUUAAUAAUCUAAAAGUCCAUGCGUUAUUUGAUACUGGAGCAACUACUACCAUCAUUAAAGAAGACAUAUUAAGAAAAACAAAACAUUUUAAAUUUAUUUCCUCGGAUACCAAACAAACACUCUCUCUGGCUGAUAGUGUAGCAUCAUUAAAUGUUAUAGGUAUAGUCGAAUUGCAAAUUAAACUACAUAACCUGCGCACAACAAUUGUGGCAGCAGUAGUUAAAGAUUUAUUUACAGAUUGUAUUAUCGGAGUGGAUUAUAUACGGAAACACAAUUUACAAUUUGAUUUUGCAAACGACAUUAUAAUGACUACAUGCGGCAAUUUUAAAGUAACCAUUCCUAUCGAGACACAACAAAACGUAAUUAAAGUUCCAUUGAGGUUGACAGAGUCAGUUAAGAUCCCACCUAAAGAAGAAAUCAUCAUCAGAGUAUCAGCAUGUAUUUCGACAGCAAGCACACUAUUCAGACCAUCCCACAAUUUGGGAGCACAAAUUCCUAUUAUUAUGGCAAAUAACUUACUCCAAAUUACAGAUCAUCGAGCUGUACUUACAAUUUAUAAUCCUUCAGAAUAUCCUUGCAUGUUGUCAAGAGGAGUUAUAAUGGGUGUCUCCACUUUACCUGUGCAACAGCAAAGUGUUCCAGCCGAGCCACAAAACUUAAGUCCCGAAGAACAUAUUGAGCAGUUGAUAAACAAAAUUGAAGACCGCCACAUGCACAGCGAUGUGAACGGAGAAUCAGAUCGUGACACAUUUCGAAAGAUGCUCCUGAAGUUUAAACAUCUGUUUGGCACCAACAAGAUAUCUGUGGCAAAAACUGAAGUCGUUCAUGCAAUUAAUACUGAAGCGCACUCCCCACCAAGCUCACAUUUUUAUCCGAUAUCACCUAAGAAGGAGCAAGCUAUGUAUGACAUAUUGCAAGAGUUAUUGAAAGCCGGUUUGAUUUCAAAAACAAAGUCAGAAUAUGCUUCGCCAGCCCUGCUUACACCAAAAUCUGAUGGUUCAUGGCGGCUGGUUAUCGAUUAUAAGAAACUGAACCACGUCACCAUUAAAGAUCAAUACCCACUACCCAACAUGGAACAAACUAUUCAAAGAUUAGGUGAAGGUUAA